AGAAAAAAACAAAAGAAACGAGAUAAUUCUAGUAUCGCAUGGGACUAUUUUAAAACUGAAGAAACGAAAGAUGGCUUUUUUGAUGUUUGUCAACUUUGUAAGGAAAAAAAUAUUACAGUAAAGUAUGUACAUAACUCUUCAACUGGAAAUAUGCUUUGCCAUCUCUGGUCCAAGCAUCGAAUUGAUAAAGAUCAUCGUAAUGGAGAAUAUACUAAUAAUUCAAUUGUCAAGGCCUUGUAUAUUAUUACCAAACGUCGACAAGAAAAAUUGGCACAAGAUUUG